AUGUGUGCCUUCUACUUACAAUUGCAGAGCAAUAUAUUCGGCGGGCUGGAUGAGAGUCUGCUGGCCCGUGCGGAGGCUUUGGCCGCCGUGGACAUCGUCUCCCAGAGUAAGAGCCACCACCACCAUCCGCCCCACCACAGUCCCUUCAAGCCGGACGCCACUUACCACACCAUGAACACCAUCCCGUGCACGUCGGCCGCUUCUUCUUCGUCUGUGCCCAUCUCGCACCCAUCCGCGCUGGCAGGCACCCACCAUCACCAUCACCAUCACCAUCACCACCACCACCAGCCACACCAGGCGCUGGAGGGCGAGCUGCUGGAGCACCUGAGCCCCGGGCUGGCCCUGGGAGCCAUGGCGGCCCCCGACGGUACGGUGGUGUCCACUCCAGCUCACGCGUCGCACAUGGCCACCAUGAACCCCAUGCACCAAGCAGCUCUGAGCAUGGCUCACGCUCACGGGCUGCCCUCGCACAUGGGCUGCAUGAGCGACGUGGAUGCAGACCCGCGGGACCUGGAGGCGUUCGCCGAGCGCUUCAAGCAGCGACGCAUCAAACUGGGAGUGACCCAGGCAGAUGUGGGUUCGGCACUAGCCAACCUCAAGAUCCCGGGCGUGGGCUCGCUCAGUCAGAGCACCAUCUGCAGGUUCGAGUCGCUCACGCUGUCACACAACAACAUGAUCGCGCUCAAGCCUAUCCUGCAGGCGUGGCUGGAGGAGGCUGAGAAAUCCCACCGUGAAAAGCUCACCAAGCCAGAGCUCUUCAACGGCGCGGAGAAGAAGCGCAAACGCACGUCCAUCGCGGCGCCGGAAAAGCGCUCCCUGGAAGCCUACUUCGCCAUCCAGCCAAGGCCCUCCUCCGAGAAGAUCGCUGCCAUCGCCGAGAAGCUGGAUCUCAAGAAAAACGUGGUGCGCGUCUGGUUCUGCAACCAGAGGCAGAAGCAGAAGAGAAUGAAAUAUUCCGCCGGCAUUUAG